AUGGGUUACGAUGAUGUCAUAAAAUAUCUGGGUGAUUUUGGCCGUUAUCAGAAGCAAAUUUAUUUCCUUUUGUGUUUACCCGCCAUAUCGUGCGCCUUUCACAAGCUGGCCGGAGUUUUCCUUUUGGCCCGUCCCGAAUUCCGCUGUGUACUGCCAUUUGAAAAUGCCGGCGAAAAUCAAACACGUUUUGAAAAUUUCAAUAAAACCCUAUGGAAUCUGGCCUAUCCAUAUGACACAAUCACUGAUACCUAUCAGGUUUGUGAAUACUACGAUGUGGACUAUAAUGAGGAUUAUUUGAAUGGCAGCAGUUUGGCAGUACCGUCCGGCAAUGAGACAAAGUCCUGUGAACAUUUCGUCUAUGACCAGAGUGUGUAUAAGAGCAGUGCGGUGACCGAAUGGAAUAUGGUGUGUAGCCGCCAGCUGCUGAGUGCCACCAGCGAUUCCUUGUUCAUGGUUGGUGUCCUGCUGGGUAGUAUUAUUUUUGGCCAACUCUCCGAUAAAUAUGGACGCAAACCGAUUUUCUUUGCCUCGUUGGUGAUUCAAGUGGUGUUUGGCGUUUUGGCCGGCGUGGCUCCGGAGUACUUUACCUAUACCAUAUCGCGUAUGAUUGUGGGCGCCACCACUUCGGGUGUGUUCUUGGUGGCCUAUGUCAUUGCCAUGGAAAUGGUCGGUUCAUCGUAUCGUCUGUUUGCCGGUGUGGCCUGCCAAAUGUUCUUCUCGGUCGGUUUUAUGCUCACAGCUGGAUUUGCCUACUUCAUUAGAGACUGGAGAUGGUUGCAAAUUGCCCUGACCCUACCGGGUUUACUAUUCAUGUGCUAUCACUGGAUCAUACCCGAAUCGGCCAGAUGGCUUUUGUCCAAGGGCCGCAAAGAUGAAGCCAUUGUGGUAAUUGAAAAGGCAGCCAAGGUCAAUAAUGUCACCAUACCCCAAGAGGUCUAUGAGAAUCUCAUUGAUGAAUCUGCGGAAAAGAAAAAUGACGCCGAGGCCAAUAAAAAUGACAAGGCAGCAGCGGCCAGUGUCUUUGAUCUGCUACGUUACCCGAAUUUGAGACGUAAGACCCUCAUCAUUUUCUUUGAUUGGUUUGUCAACAGUGGUGUCUACUAUGGCUUGUCGUGGAACACCAACAAUUUGGGUGGUAAUGUCCUGCUGAAUUUCAUGAUUUCGGGUGCUGUAGAAAUUCCCGCCUAUUUGCUACUGCUGUUCACCCUGAAUCGCUGGGGUCGCCGUACAAUUUUGUGUGGCUGUAUGUUGGUGGCCGGUGUUGCCUUGCUGCUGACCAUCAUUGUUCCGGCUAAUUUAAAUUGGCUCAUCAUUCUAUUUGCCAUGAUUGGUAAAUUGGCCAUUACCUCGUCGUAUGGCACGAUUUAUAUUUUCUCAGCCGAACAAUUCCCUACAGUGGUGAGAAAUGUGGGUUUGGGCGCCGCUUCUAUGGUGGCUCGUAUAGGUGGCAUUUUGGCGCCCUAUUUAAAUUUAUUGGGUCAAAUUUGGCGACCAUUGCCAUUGAUAAUUUGUGGGGCUUUGGCCUUUUUAGGUGGCCUAUUAUCGUUAAUGCUUCCCGAAACUCUGAAUAAGCCAAUGCCGGAAACAAUCGAAGAUGGUGAACGGUUUGGUAAACGCCGUAAUGCCAGCGAUCUCAAUGAAACGGGUGAGGAGCUGACAUCAAUGGUUGCUGGUGAAGGUCAGCAGCAAGCUAAUGGCAAAGCCAAAUGA